GAACGCAGCAUGUCGUCGAACGCGGAAGUAGGCGUAGGCGCUGUGAUGAGCAUGAUGGCUCGGCUAGAACAGGAACCUAAAGCAACUGUGAAUAAGUAUGCUGCAGAACAGGUAUUUUUGAGGAACGGCAUUUUCAACGCUGCAUUGAACACGACUUGGUAAAAAGUAAGUAUGGAAAUCUUGACAAACAGAUGCCGCAGUCAGAUAGUAUGACAUCGUAGUAUAGGUGAGGCACCUAUUUGACUGUAUUCGUGAAAUAACCAGUCUUAAAAAGGCAAACAUGAUUAUGAAUGGAAGUUCUGCAGUAACUGUUUUAAUGUUAAGCCAAUUCUAAGACAGCAUGGCCGAUUCAGCUUAAAAUAAAUACAUCGAAAGGAAAUGUAUGCACUCAAGAGACACCCCGUACACUUCUUCAAACCACUGUAACUACAUAGAUUCCUCUAAAUUCACUGUGGGGGAUGCCUUGAUAACCUGUAUGGUGUUAAGUUUUCCAUGACAUAUUUGACUUUUUCUGCAAUCAUGUAUAUCAUGUUGUAAAAUACAUAUUAUGUUUACAGGCCAUGUCUCAGAAGGAAUUGAAGGAAGCAUUUGUCAGUAACCUAAAUGGGACCAGUCUGCAGGAGGUGGCCCUGGGCUCCAUCCUCGCUCCAGUGUGCCUCAUCAACAGAGGACUCAUUUUAAUCCUCUACUAUCAAGCCAGAAAGACUCUUCCUCUGCCACUUUCACUGAUCUCUCACCUACUACUUGACUUUUUAGCGCUUAUCCUCCCCCUCGUGCUGUCAUGCACCGUCAUGAGCAGCAUCCUCCACCAAGUCAUCAUCGGCCUCAGCCUUGUUACACUUUGUCUGAUUUGCUAUAUCUAUUGUAAAAACAAGCGCCCACAGAACACAGUCAGCAGUUUUCUUCAGAGUCAUGUUCAGUUUAAGCAGGUGCCCUUUGUGACCAUAUUCAGAGUGUUAGUAAAUGUGAAAACAUCCAUCAGCAUUCUUGCAGUAGACUUUGACAUUUUCCCAAGACGAUAUGCUAAAACUGAAACCUAUGGGACAGGUGUGAUGGACUUUGGUGUUGGGGCAUAUAUUUUUGCGAAUGCUCUUGUCUGUCCAGAGGCACGAGGGAAAAACUUCUCAGGAUCCAGGAUUAAUCAUAUAAAAAAGCAGCUCCUGUCUGUGUGGCCGCUGGUUGUUCUUGGUAUGGGAAGGCUUGUUAGCUUGAAAAUGACCGGCUACCAUGAGCAUGUGAAAGAGUACGGGGUCCACUGGAACUUUUUCUUCACACUUGCCAUCGUCAGAGUUGUGGUAUCUUUGCUUUUGGCUGUUUUGCCAGCCUGUCACUCAUGGGUCUAUGCAGUUCUGAUCAGUGGGUUUUAUCAGUUUGUUCUGGAGACAUCAGAGCUGAAAGCCUUCAUUCUUUACAACAAUGACAGAGAAAAAGACUUUCUGCAUGCUAACAAGGAGGGCAUCUUCUCUGUUGUGGGAUAUGUAGCCAUCUACAUGGCAGGAGUUCAGGUUGGACUCUAUGUCAUGCAGCCUAGAUCACAGGUUAGACAGUGGCUGAAAGUUUUCUUCAACCUGUUGCUUGCAUGCUCUGUCCUGUUCGCUGCCUUGUGGACAUGUCAGACCCUUGUAGAGCCAGUGUCUCGCUGCAUGGCUAAUUUACCUUUCUUUAUCUGGAGUGUUGCCCAGUCUUUGUUUUUUCUUUCCUGCAUCGGUAUUGCUGAUAUGGUUUUGCUGUUUUCCAAAAAAACAUCAGGCUGUCAUCUUGUUCCCUCAUCCUGGAAUUUGGAUAAAAAACAGUCGGACUCUGAGAAAAAGACUGAAGAAAUGGAGGGACUCUGCCUUGUUCAAGCUGUCAGCAGGAAUCAGUUGUUAUUUUUCCUGCUUGCAAAUGUCAUGACAGGAUUGACCAACUCUGUAGUGGACACACUUAGCAGUAGCAGUUUGUUUUCAGUGUGUGUUUUGCUGCUGUACAUGUUCAUGAAUAGCUUUAUUAUUUAUCUUUUACAUGUUUGUGAAAUCACUUUAAAAUUCUGGUGAAUUUGUACCUGCAAAACCAUAAGAUUACUGUGUUGCUUGAUUAUUGUUAAAAGGCCUUAAUAACUCUCAUCAUGUAAGGAAAUAUUUGAAAAUUGAGAACCUGUAAAAUAUGAAAAUGAUCUGUAUCAAUUAAUACACUACUGUAUAUACUUUUUUGUUGGGAAUAAACACACUUUUAUUACUUAC